GCCCUCGCGGCUCGGCCCCCGCAUCGGAGCAGGCCUCCGCGGCGCUCGCCCCGGGCCGGCGCGCUGGUCAGCGAGGCCCAGGCCGCCCGCCGCGGCGCGGGGAGCGACUGAUGGGUGCUUAUUGGACAGCCCACAUGGAGAAGAGCUUCAUCGCUGCAGAAAGUGCUGUUGGACAGCGCUGAUCUGGACCUCUGUCUUAGCCGUGGUUGUGGAUGUCAUGUUCUUGAAAUCAUGAAUCCUGUUUAUAGCCCUGGUUCUUCUGGGGUUCCCUAUGCAAAUGCCAAAGGAAUUGGUUAUCCAGCUGGUUUCCCCAUGGGCUACGCAGCAGCGGCUCCCGCCUACUCCCCCAACAUGUACCCUGGAGCGAACCCCACCUUCCAAACAGGUUACACUCCUGGCACACCUUACAAAGUGUCCUGUUCCCCCACCAGUGGGGCAGUGCCACCGUACUCCUCCUCCCCCAACCCCUACCAGACCGCCGUGUACCCCGUGCGAAGUGCCUACCCCCAGCAGAGCCCAUACGCACAGCAAGGCACAUACUACACACAACCUCUGUACGCAGCACCUCCUCACGUCAUCCACCACACCACGGUGGUGCAGCCCAAUGGCAUGCCGGCGACGGUGUACCCUGCACCUAUCCCUCCACCUAGAGGCAACGGGGUCACCAUGGGCAUGGUGGCUGGGACCACUAUGGCGAUGUCAGCAGGUACCCUGCUGACUGCCCACUCCCCAACUCCUGUCGCCCCUCACCCGGUCACAGUGCCCACAUAUCGGGCCCCCGGAACACCCACCUACAGCUACGUGCCCCCUCAGUGGUGAUCACCCUGCAAAUGUUUGAGGAUGGAGCUGUGCGGUCACAUAAUGGAGGUUCCACAGCUGGUGCUGCAGGCCUCGCGCCUCCAACCCGGACUUUCUUCCUAAUGCUCUCCACACUUAGCUAACACUCCUGCGGCCCGCCCAGCAGGUCCCAGCGCCAUGAGUCUCCAGCUGACUCUGGGUUGUUCUUACAGCAAAUCCUGUUUUGUGGGCUGCCUGGCAAUUUUUUAGCUAACUAUAAUGAUAAAAAGGGAGUAUUAAUCUAUUCAGAAUCAUAUCUAGUUGAAUGCAUGUUUAAAAAAACAAACACAAAAACAAAGCUUGCUCAAUCUACCUGCAGUGACUGAUGCAAACCCAUCAUAUGCAAAAUCCAAAGGAAUGGAAAGUGUUUUACAACUUGUAUCCCUAAUGCACUGUUGUAACGUAUGCAAAGUCUUAAAGUUGUAAGUGUUAAAGUGAAUUUCUUCAUAGAGCAUUUGCAGUCUCUUAGAUGAUUCUUCAGCCUCUUGGGGUUGAUGUGGGUUGCCAGUUGGACACAUGGACUCUGAGUUUCUGCCGUCUGUUUCUUUCACACCGACUGUGCUGGGAGAGAGUUGCAGGACGGGGGAGUGAGGGAGGGCCACAGCCUUGUGGGUACAGCUGGGUCAGUGCACAUCCCUUUUUUUCCACUUAGGCUGUGGGGUCAGUGAGAUGUGGACAUUCUUAACAAUUAUCAUGAAAGGGUAGAGUUGUGUGGCCAGUACAGUUAGGGGCAAGAGGUGGUUUACGUAUCAGCAAAGCAAUCUUGUCUGUCUAAAUUUUCAUUACCAAUCUCUUACAGAUAGCAAUGCUGUUUGCUGUAUCUUUAUUGGAAAAGUCCUAUGUAGAACUAAAUUGUUUUCCUGGGAUGGAAGGUAUAUGAAUGAGAAACAGUCACACUUGGAGGGGUCUUGGCCUCUCCCUUAUUCAGCCUAGAAAAUCAUUCCUUUUUUUCCCUGAGAAAUGUUUGAAUCAGGGGAAAACAUGUGUAGGCAUUGCUGUUCUUCCCCACAGAGAAGGGCAAAGAUUCAGCUGUGUUAUGAAGAAAGUUGUAUUUAACAACUAUUAAAAGGGAACAAAACUCUUUGAAAUUGAUUCUUUCUUGUAGAGAGGCAGGGCGUGGCCGUUUGGGCCCAUCCACCUGAUGGAGACUUGUCCUCUGAGACUCUUUGGAGGGGCUCCUAGGAGAUGACUGUGGGGAGGCUUGAGGAGGGUCUGGGGCCUGUUGUCUGUGCGUCUCCUCUACCAUCUCUUCUUGCAGCUGAGGGCGCUCAGCACCACGUGUGUGUGGACAGCAAGGGGCCAGGCAGCGUCAGAGUGUGCUUGCCUGCUGGGAUUCAUGACAGAGGGGUUUGUGUUCAAAAUCUGAAUGUUGUACAUAAGAAGUCAAGAGGAUUUUUUUUUUGCCUAAAUGUGCCCAACUUGAUGGGAGUGUGUUUCUCUUCUCAGAGUCAGGGGUCGGGGUGAGGGUUCUGUUCCCUCUCAAGUCUGUCGGGCAGGGGUGGGUGUGACUGUGGCCGUGCUGUAGGCUUUGCCUGGGGAGGCCGCUGCUCUUCUUGCGUCUCCAGCAGCCAGGUCAGGGCUCUGGCCCUGGUUUGGCAUUCCACCUCAGUUGGUGAGUGGGACACCUGACCCCUGAGCCUUUGGUAACUUUAUUUUUUGUAGUAAGUAGUCUUCAUAAUUUUCUUUUUCACAUUUUAUUUUAUAAGAAUUUUAGGAACACUUUUGCAUGGAUCAUUGUAAACAGAAGAUUCCUUAUUCCUAAUGUCUAUUAACAUAAUGUGUUUACUGAUAAGUACUUUAAAUUGCUUCAUGAGCACUUAGCCCACGUGUGUGUGUGUGUAGUAGCCGUUUAUCCCAGGCACACCGUUUGUGUCCACUUCUUCAACUCUGUGUCGGUCAUUCCAUUUGUAUAGUGGAUGCUGUGUAGUACUGAUACGUUCUAAGGAGUCCAGGGGCUGAACUGACCAGAUAACAAGAAGUCGGGUCCUCCAAUUUAGUGUAAUAGAUUAGGAGAAAAUAUAAUUUUAGUAUAGGCUUUAAAAAAGCCCCAAACAGCAAAAGGAAAACACCCACACACACCCUCCACACACACACACACCACUACCGGUCGGGAAGAGUCAUUUGAAUUCAGGAGAAAGAUGAGAAGUUAUACAGGAUGUUUCUCCAGGCUUGCUUGAGACUUGGCGCACGCAGGUGAGUGUUCUCAUGAGCACCGAAUUAAAUCAUGUGUUCAAGAGAAAGAGAAGAGUGGGUUGCAUUUUCCUCCCAUUUACAUCAGCUUUAUAAACACUUUCCUCCUCUAAUUUUUUUUUAAUCUCUUUUCCCUUUUGUAAAGGUGAGUUGGGAGACUUUAUCAGAUACUUUUGCUUUAUGGAAUACAUCUGUGUGGAAAUCUUUUCAAUUUCGAAACUAUCAGGGCAUCAGCUAUCAAAUAUGAAAAGUAGAACUUAUCUAGCAGGUAAGAUUCUGGACAUAGGAAUAGUAACAAAACUAUCAUAGGUUGUCAUUUUAGAAGCAUUUAAUUCCGGUAAAAUUAAUUAAGGCAUAGAACUUCUGUUAGAAACUUGCAUAAUUUGAUUAUUCAGGCACAACAGUGGAACAUUCAGAGAAAUUUUGCCUUUUUUGUAUGUGACAUUCCUAAUUUCAGAGUCUUUCAGCUGAAUUACAGUUCUUUUAGAAGUUGAGACAGGCAAGCACAGGACUGAAUUCCUAUAAACAUGGACAUCAUCAUGGAUAUUUUAGAACAUUUUUGUUGUCCAGCCUCUCCCCUAAGGUGUAGGAGGUCUGUUUCUCUGCUGAAGGAAGUCUUGUUGGGGUCUGGGCCGGUGACCGAGUGUUUAGCGAUGGCAGUGGUCCCAUCAGCUCGCUGCCUCUGGGAAGUGAGGCCAGCAUCAGGGCCAGGGCCAUUUGUGCUAACCGGCCUGGAGGUGCUUCCAGAACCUUUUGUGUCUCUUGUAUUAAAUCUUUCCAGAACAUUCUUGUUGGUGUGGUUAUUAGGCCUGCCAGUUGCUAUUCUCUGAGUCUGUUUCUUGAGUGCUAUGCAAAUGUCAUAUUUACAGGAGAUGAAGGGGGUCCUGAGCCUUGGGGUGGGUACCUGGUCACUAAGCAUCCUGCCCUUCCCAAGCUGGGCAUGCAGUAUGCCUUUGCUCUGUCUGGUGGCAUCAGCGCUUCAGUGAUGAGAGGAAGGAUAGUCUUAAGGCACUUUGGAUAUGCUAAUAUCUGGCAGUGUUGUCUCCACGUGGCUUUCUGUGAGUGUGGCUGCCAGUGGGUGGCAAAAGGGUGGCAGGCACCAGCGCAUCAAUAUUGGGGCCUGCUUUAGAAAAAGAAAUCAGACUUCUUCACCUACCCUUUGUAAACACUUGGAAACAGUAUUAUUCUGACCAGUUGGGCCACCUCCUCCCCAUCUGGCAGCUAAUGGCUGGACACCCCAAUCAUUGCCAGCCUGGACAUUGCCCAGACAGGACAGGACGCCUGUGACGCCCUCCAGUGGGUGCAAGGGCAGGUUUAAGGGUGCGUGGCUUGAGGUGGGAGGCAGCUUCUGGUUCUUCUCUGGUGCUUUUUAAGGGGAGGGUGUGUCUCUAAAGAGACGUGUGGUUGGCUUAGGGGAGGGGCAGAGUGCUUAGCUCUCCUCUAGCACAUCUCAGAUGUUUGUGUUUUUUCCCCGAGUUGUUUUUUAUUACUCAUCAUGAGCUUUCUGAAGGUGACACGCUGCAGAGGAGGGUCUGAUCUUUUUGGGUAGAAAGUUUCAAAGUUGAUCUUACCUGUUUCAGAGGAUUUGUCUCUUUCCCCACCCCUAUUCAUUUGAAGAACAGAAAACCUGUGGGGUAAUCUUAUUUGAGUCCCGGGACUCAAGUGCAAGUUACUUGGGACGGGUAGACAGAGGAGAGGCAGGCAUCUCUGCAGGAACCGCCGUGAGCCUCGGGACGUGGGGUGCCCCAGGCCUGGUGCACUGAGGGACAGGCGUCGCAUCAGCCACCUGAGCCCUGCCGCAGCUCCCGUGGGUCCUUGUCUGGACCAGUGUUGGUAGGAUAGUCGGGCUGGAUUGGAGACCAGCUCAUGUGCGCUCCUGCAGGGUUGCUGUGACGGCCACUCAGAGGAGAGGCCCCAAGGAGCCACAUGGGUUACAACAUAUGACUGACUAGGAAACGGUUCCUUUUUUUUUUUUUUAAGUUUUAAAUACUGUUUUUUUAGACCGUUCUCUUAGUACUUUUCUUAAGCUUAAGUCAGCAUUGUCUUCCAGUGUUAAAGGCAUCCCUUGCCUCUGCAUUGAACUUCAGGUGUCAAUACAAAGGAAUGGAGCGUCAUCCUGAGCCAGUUCCAUCGUGUGUAAAUUCAUACUAUUUUAAUUUUUUAUGCAAUCUGAUGAGUAGAUGAGCUCAGAUUUAAAAUUCUUAAAAGCACGUUUAUUGUAACAAGAAUUGUUCUGUAUGAAUACUGCAGUUUUCAAUAAAGAUUGACUUGUGUUGCA